AGCUCACAGCUGAUGAGGAGCAGCACAAGAGUCUCCUCAACGCUCCCUCAACGUCCUCCUGCGGGCCCCUGGCUGCCUGUCCUGGCUCCUAGCGGUGGCUUCUCUUUUUCCUACGCCUCAGGGGUCUCAGGUGGGACUCGUGGGGAGGAUGCUCGGCUCUCUGCUCUUGGAAAGGCAUGACCCUGGCAGAGGGCUUCCAUCUCCGGGUCGCGGCCGGCGGCCGGCGGCUUUGGGGGCGACCGCGGAGGCGAGGAGGAGGCCCCGGGGGAGCUGGCGGCCGCCGAGGCCGGGCAGCGCGCCCCAUCCGCGGCGGGCGCGCUCCGCCGUCCUCCCUCGCUCGGCUCCCAUGCUCAUAUUUGGACUCGGCUGCCCGUGCCCAGGAAUUUCCCGUCAUGCCUCCCGCCGCCCCGUCCGUCGCCCAGAGCCGGGGCGGGAGGGAGCGUGUCUCGGACAGCGGCGGCGGCGGCGGCGGCUCCCGGGCCCUUCCAUGCGCCGGCGGCGGACCCUCCCGCGCCCCCUCUCGCUCUGCCUCUGCGUCUGUCUGGCCGCGGCCGCGGCGCGAGGAGCCGCGCAGUCGGGGUCAUGUAGGGAUAAAAAGAACUGUAAGGUGGUCUUUUCUCAGCAGGAACUGAGGAAGCGGCUAACACCCCUGCAGUACCAUGUCACUCAGGAGAAAGGGACUGAAAGUGCCUUCGAAGGAGAAUAUACACAUCACAAAGAUCCUGGAAUAUAUAAAUGUGUUGUUUGUGGAACUCCAUUGUUCAAGUCAGAAACCAAAUUUGACUCUGGUUCAGGUUGGCCGUCGUUCCAUGAUGUGAUCAGUUCUGAUGCAAUCACACUCACAGACGACUUUUCCUAUGGGAUGCACCGAGUGGAAACAAGCUGCUCUCAGUGUGGUGCUCACCUUGGGCACAUUUUUGAUGACGGACCCCGUCCAACCGGCAAAAGAUACUGCAUAAACUCAGCUUCCUUGUCCUUCACACCUGCAGAUAGCAGCAGCGCCGAUGCGGGCAGUGGGGCCGGCAGCCCAGCCCCGGCAGACAAGACGGAGCUGUAGCGUCCUGGGGAAGGAAGGCAACAAGUGUACUUAACACACAGCUUAUUAACAAAGUUCAAACUUGUCUAUCUUAGAUAUAUUUUUCCAAAAAGUAUAAGGGCGGUUUUGUGCUAUUGAUAUAUUUCUUCUUUGGCUUAAACAGAGGCCCUGGCCGUCGAUGUAUUUUGCUACUGACUUGAUCCUGUACUGUUUAUAACUUGAGCGAGUGGAGAUAGCUUUGUGAAACUUCUUCACAAGCCACCUAAAUACUGUUUGGCAUUAUUUUCUUCACGCACAUAGCUUCUUUUGAGAUUCCCCGCUCCCCCCUUUGCUUAAGAGGCAGAAGGUCCUUGCUCUUCAGACGUGAAAGUCGGGCUGUCCUACACAGUGCAGAGACCAGAGCUCAGAAGCGCAGGGCGUGGAGACCUGCGAGACACAUGGCCUGAGGCAUUUGGACAGAUCUACCUAAGAUAAGGAUGGAGUGAUGUCUUCUGAGACUUCUUAGCUUUGUGGAAAGUUUGAGCUAAGGUCGUUUAUUCUCACUAAAAGGGUGUGAAGGUCUAAAGUCUUUCCUUAUGUUAAAUUGUUGCCAGAUCUGAGGGGGCGUACUGAGUGUUGUGGCAGAGAAGUAAACAUUACCUCACGGUUAGGCCUUUAUUUUAUUUUAUUUUCCGUUGAGAACAUUGGAAUGUAAGACAACUGUAAAAUGUUGAGCCCCAUUUUUCUCCAAAGUUCACAAA